CAACCUAUUUCAAGGACAAGCCUCCCUCUGCAUUCGUUAUUGCGUGGGCACUAGCGCAGAAGUGCUAUCCACUAAUCCAAUAUCUUAUACGCAAUGGCUAGGAGAUGAAUGAGGGGCACGUGGUGACGAGAGGAUGUCCAACGUGGCUAGGCUCACUCGUUGUCCUGCGAGAUAUAGAUCUAACCCGCUUCCUCCUUGAUCAAGGCAUGGAUCCUCGCGUCGGAUCCUCCCCGCCGCCCAACCCCCGUAAACCUUUAUGGGGUAACAAAGGUUGGCUCCUCCACCUCGCAUCCAUGUUUAGUAGCCUCGAGACAUUCAUGCUCUUACGCUCGCACGGUGCAAACUUGUCCUACUCGCAUGCCCUCCAUGGCGCCGCGUGCGGUGGCCCAUCGCAAAUCCCUAUCAUCCGACACCUACUGGAUAGCAAAGAAGUCGAUGUGGGUGAGCUUGACGCCUAUCAUGUGCCACAUACGGGUACACCCUUGCUAGCGGCUAUCAUGAAGGGGCAUGUAGAGGUUGUGAAAGUGCUCUUGGAGUAUGGAGCGCAUCCUCUGACGUGCAUCCAGACUCCAUAUGAGACGAAUGCGGAGAAGUUGGCAAGGGGAUUGGGGAGGACAGAUGAGGAGGCUUCUAAAGAUAUUUUGAAGAUGUUGGAGGAAGCGAGAGUUGUGAGGGAGAGAGAGGGAAAAUUGGGUAAUGUGCCGAUUACGGGUGCGCGUAGGUCUGGUCCGUCUAGUACGUCUAGCACGAUUAAUGCGCCAUAGAAAGCAUAUAAAGUUGCUAAGUGAAAGCAUAAGCGUGCACUCCUAAAGGGAACUCAGCAUCCAUUAAGUGUCAAUCUGUUGAUAGAAAUUGCAUGCCAAAUGUGUGGAUUGGAGAUGCUUUAAUAGGGCGAGGUGGGCAUCUCCGGGGUUAGCCUAGAC